AUGUCUGCCGUCGAGGCCCAAGACGUAGAGAUGGUGGCGGCGGAGGAAGAAGUCGAUGAAACGGCCAAGAAUGCCUUGGAGGCCGAUGCUUUAGUGCUAGCAGAUCUCAAACAGAAUUUUGCCUUACUUGAACGAGCCGUGGCGACCAUUGAAUCUCGCUUCAUAACACGUGUUUUACGGACUAUCGCAUCGAUUCGAAAGCGUCUGAAUGCGAAUGUAUUGAGUCAGGCCAUUCAAUUAGCUUUUCCGAGAGAUUCACCUGAUAGAAGUAAAUUGCUGGACUAUCUCGGAAAGGAAAGUGGCGUGAUGGAAGUCGAUUUCGAUGAAGACACUCGCGAACAGGUUCCAAUUUUGCCAGAAAUAGAUUUUUAUCUUAGUCUGAUGGUUAUGAUAUAUCUCUUGGACAGACAAGAACUUGAAAAGGGCGUUCAAUUGGCAAACGAGACUACGGCCAGGCUUCAGACUUUCAGUCGCCGUACAUUAGAUCAACUUUCUGCACGCAUAUACUUUUAUUAUGCUCGUUUCUACGAACUUUUGGGGAAAUUGGCCGAAAUAAGGCCAAUAUUACUGGCGGCUCAGAGAACGGCUACGUUACGACACGACGAUGAUUGUCAGGCCACUUUGCUUAACCUACUUUUACGGAAUUAUUUCCAUUACAACCUUUACGAUCAAGCGGAUAAGUUGGUCAGCAAAGCAACAUUCCCCGAGUCCGCGGGAAACAAUCAACAAGCGCGCUAUAUGUACUAUUUGGGUCGCAUCAAGGCUAUCCAGCUUGACUAUACUGCCUCGCAUAAUCACUUGUUACAGGCCAUGCGCAAGGCGCCACAGAAUACGAUUGCGGCGGGUUUCCAACAGGCUGUAUAUAAGCUUUCGAUAAUUGUUCAGCUAUUGAUGGGAGAGAUUCCUGAACGAAGUAUAUUUAGACAACCAGUUCUCAGGAAACCAUUGAUCCCUUAUUUACAUAUUGUGCAAGCUGUACGGGUUGGCGACUUGUCAAAUUUCCAAGAAACACUCGCUAAAUAUAGCGAUGUCUUUCGAGCUGACAAAACCUUCACGUUGAUUUUAAGGUUACGACAUAACGUCAUUAAAACGGGUAUCCGGAUGAUAAGCUUAUCAUAUUCACGCAUACAUUUGCGUGACAUCUGUUUGAAAUUACAUUUAGACAGCGAGGAAGAUGCUGAAUAUAUUGUUGCCAAGGCCAUCCGUGAUGGUGUCAUUGACGCUACUAUAGAUCAUGAACAUGGAUACAUGAAGUCAAAGGAAAAUGUCGAUAUUUAUUCCACAAAUGAGCCCCAAGUUGCCUUCCAUCAGCGUAUUAGCUUUUGCCUGAAUCUACAUAACGAAUCCGUAAAGGCCAUGAGGUUCCCUCUGAAUGCUCAUCGCAAAGAAUUAGCGUCCGCAGACGCACUGCGCGAAAGAGAACGAGAGCUUGUCAAGGAAAUUGCCGAAGGUGAAAUGGAUGAGGACGAUGAUGUGGCAGACUUCUAG